UCCAAAAAUCCACACCGAAUCCAACGGCGCCGCCAACAAAAACAAGUUUGCAACGGUUUACAACUUGUGCGCCACGUGCUUGAAUGUCCGUCGGUUAGCUGUCUGUAGUUUACGAUGAGUGUGAUUAAAGAAGGCAAUUACGUCAUAAUAAAAGGUGUGAAUAAUGUCAGACUUGUGCAAGUGGACCGCAAAAAACCGGUGUUUUAUGGAAAAAGAAAGUUUGCCAUCGACGGGUGCAUAGGAGAACCUUUUGGAUCUGCAUUUGACAUUCAGGACAGGUCUUUAUGCAAGGUACCAGCUGAGGAGUACAGAAAGCGAUACUCUGACUCCGUUGACAGCGGAGAAAGUGCUGUACCCAGUGGUCUGGAUAAUAGAAACUUGAUUGAUGACGGUAGGUCUCAGAAGCUGACGCGAGACGAAAUAGAAAGUUUCAAAACAGACGGAACAUCGGCAGAGACCAUCAUACAAACACUGGUUGAACACAGCACAACAUUCAAAGCGAAAACUGAGUAUGCCCAGCAAAAGUAUCUCAAGAAGAAGCAGCAGAAGUACUUGCAGUAUGUCACAAUAGAACAACCGACUGCAAGGCUCUUGGCAGAGAUGUACUAUGCCCAGAGCCCCCUCAAACUAGGAAAUAUGAGGAUUGAUGCCCUGGCACAGCUACUAACGUCAUGCAAUGUCAUUUCUGGAGGACGAUACAUCGUAUUCGACUCAUGGCUAGGCCUGGUUACAGCGGCAGUUUUGGAAAGACUGGGAAAGCAGGGAAGCAUCAUUCAGGUUUAUCCAGGACAAGGACCUCAGAGCUCUUAUCGUCAGGCUGUACAAGCACUCAACCUCGAAGAUGACCACGUCCACUCCAUCUUGUACGAGCUCCCAUUCACUAGAGCCUUUGCACUUUCGCAAGGCAGUCCUUGUGACGUAAUGACAAGUGCUCUGUCACCUGACCAAUCAGAGACACCAUUGGAAUCCGGUCAACCAAUGGAAUUCACCGAAACAGAUGCAGACCCCGAGGCAGCGGACAAGUCUAAUAGUGGCAGUUUGAGCAGAGAUACCAAGGACACCAAGGACAAACUACGUGUUGAGAGAAGGUUACGCAGAUUAGAAGAACAAGAGAAAGCUAUCCAGCUCCUCAAAACAAAGUCCCUUGAUGGGCUCUUGGUGACAAGUGGGAACAACCCCACCCAGGUGACGUUGACACUCCUAGAGUUUGUGGCUCCGUCGCGACCUUUUGCAGUAUUCUGCACAUACCAGGAGCCCCUAGUGGAGUGCUAUUCGACACUGAAGGCCAAAGGCAAUGCCCUCUUCCUCAAACUGAGUGAAACGUGGCUCAGAACCUAUCAGGUCCUUCCAAAUCGAACACACCCAGCCAUUAACAUGAGUGGAGGUGGCGGGUACCUUCUGACAGGGAUCAAGGUCUCCAUGCAGUAAUGCCGACAGUGAGAAAAAUUAAAAGGUACCGUUAUUCUCA